AUGUCUUCUCCAAACCUUAACGCUGCCGACCUCUUCGGCGUCAAGGGCCUCAUCGCCGUAGUCACGGGUGGGGGAACUGGCAUCGGUCUCAUGAUUGCACAAGGCCUCGAGGCGAACGGGGCAAUUGUAUACAUCAUCGGCCGACGGAAAGAAGCUUUGGAACAGGCGGCAAAGACAGCUAAAAACGGCAACAUUCGCACCAUCCAAGGUGAUAUCACCUCAAAGAGCGACCUCGAGCGAGCGGUCGCAGAGAUCAAGGAGGCUCACGGAUACGUCAACGUCGUCAUCGCCAACUCAGGCAUCGGCGGACCGGCUCUUAAGGGCUUGCCCCCUAACCCGACCAUUGCUCAGUACCGCGACUUUGUCUUUGGCUGGGAGCAGAAGGACUUCACCGAGACCUUUGCUGUGAACGCUACCGGCGUGUUUUUCACGGUCGCAGCAUUCCUGGAACUUCUCGAUGAGGGUAACAAGCGCAGCAAUUUCAAGCAAAGGAGCCAAGUCAUCGCGACUAGCAGCAUUGGCGCGUACAACCGCAACCCGAUGGGCUUCGCUUAUGGAGCGUCAAAGGCAGCUGUGGUGCACAUGUUCAAGCAACUGAGCACCACGCUGGUCCCAUUCAACAUCCGCGCCAACGUAAUUGCGCCUGGAUUCUACCCGAGUGAGAUGACAACGGCAACGGUCGAGGCCCACAAGGAGGGUUGGCCCAAGACUACCAUUCCUGAAGAGAGGGCGGGAGACGUAGAAGAUAUGGCUGGUGCUGUGUUGUUCUUGGUCAGCAGGGCAGGCGCUUACACCAACGGCAAUGUGCUCGUAACAGACGGCGGAAGGCUUGGAAUCGUGCCGUCUAGCUACUGA